CUAUGGGGGUUUGCAAAUGGAUCAAAGCCAAAUGGGGCAGAAAAAAGCCGCCCGCACCUCGGGACGGGCUCUCCACACCACCAUGUCCCAGCGACGCGAACACGGCGAAUCCCGCGGUAGUCGAAGUAUCAUCGACGUCUCCCAGCAAAGCAAGCACAACAAACGCGGUGAUGGUCUCGUCAGUUAAAGCCUCUUCUGCACCACAUACACUGGUUGCACCUAGUCAUGCAGCUUCUUCAUCCAACUUACGAGAGCGACUAUGGAACAAGGCGUACGAUCAGGCAAGAAUUGAAGACCCCGAUACCGUUAAUGGUUACGAGAUGAUUCUGUCCGCUCAACUCCACCAAGAAGACCCCGACUUUUUGAAUCCUUCACACACCGAUUUUACGGACAAUACGACGCCGGAGAACAAGAUUGAACAGGAUACAGAGAAACGUAAAAAGCAGAUGCGUCAGCUUGUUCAAAAUGGCUUGCAGAAAAUAAAGAAGGAGAUCAACAUAAAACAAGGCAUAGAAAGUGGUGUUCAGGUCGCCAUGGUUUUCAAGGAAGUCGUAGACAAGGCGGUUCAAGCGUCUAGUGAGGCGGCUCUCGCCUGGGUCGGGGUGUGCAUUGGGCUCCAGAUCCUAACGAACCCACUCACCGAGGCGAAUUCUAACCAGCAAGGAAUCGAAUAUGUCGUGCGGAGGAUGAACUGGUACUGGGAGCUGUCGAGACUACUGCUAGACAUGAACAUCAAGCCGGACCAGCAAGGCUUGCGGGGCGUGCUUGAGGAGAAAGUCACUCAGCUCUAUGCACAGCUGUUAUUGUUCCAGAUGAAGAGCGUAUGCUACUACUACCGCAGACGCUUUCGGGUGUUCGUACGGGAUCUAGUCAAGCUCGACAACUGGGACGGCAAGCUGGACAACAUAAAAGAUGCAGAAGCAGCCGUGCGACAAGACUCCUCCCAGUACAACACUCAAAAAAUCCUAAAUCAUCUUAGUGAUAUUCUUAAGAGUGGGGAGUCGCAGAUCUCAGCUAUUCAACAACAGACCAAGGAACAGGAGGCAAUGCACGAGACCGAUGAGGAUAAUAAGUGUCUAAAAGACCUGCGCGUCACUGACCCUCGAGAUGACAAGAAGCGCAUCGAAGGUCUCAAAGGUGGCCUGCUCAAGGACUCGUACAAAUGGAUCCUUGAAAACUCCCAGUUCAAAAAAUGGCGCAAUGAGGAUGACCCGCAGAGUCGGCUGCU